CGAUGACGACGACGACGAUGGUGGUGGUGGUUGUGGUGGUGGUGGUGGAUGCGUGGCAGCCGAGUACGGUAGUGGCAAUCGGCGACCGCGCCGCUAAUCGCUGCGAGUUCACCGAGUUCACCAGUCUGCCGCACCAGAAAACCUUAGAAUUUAUCACGUAAACAUGAUCGGAUAACUUUGAUAGGACGGGUGAGGAAGGAGCUCACUCUCGAGGCACCAACACUCGAUGACGUCAUUCCACCAGCGGCAACAUGGAGCCCGAAACGCGAUAGGACGCGGGCUCGAGAGACACGGGCGAGUUGUCUCCCCUCCACCCUCCCGAGCUAACCUCAAAUAUCGCUCGCGUUGUAUACUCGCGGAUAUACUCGCGAACCCUUCGAUCACCACCGGCUGACAACGACCGACUCCUCGUACACCGACACCGAGGACACCGAUGCACUGACACACAGCGAACACCGACACUGAGUCACACCGACACACAGACACACCUCUCCUCUCUUCUCUUCUCUUCUCUUCUCUUUUAUUCUAUUCUAUUCUAUUCUAUUCUAUUCUAUUCUCUCAACCGCUGCUCCGUGUAUUCUUCUCGACGUACUCGUACGCGCGCUCUCUUUCCUCUUUUCCUCUCUUUCUCGUCUCGCGUGUAUGAGUCGGGAGGCUCCGCUGCGAGAUAGACACACCGCCGUCCACGACUAGAAUCCGCUUCGGUCCGCUCCUUUUUCCACGUGAUUUCCGAGAGGCCGCUAACAGAGGGCAGUCGCGUGCGCGCGCGCCCCCCACGACCGCGAUUCCUUCACUGCGGGAAACCGGAGAGAUUCGAAAUCGAAGCUGUGUGUGCGCCGCGCCGCGUCGCGUCGCGCUGCUGCUGCCGCUGCCGCUGCUGCCUCCGCCGCACUUCCUCUAUAGGACGUCGACGAACCGGCCGAGCAGACCCGACGCGUCGAGUCGUGCCGCGUCGUCACGACUCGUCACCGAUCGUGCCCGGUCGUGUCUCCUCGCGUCCCGUCGUGUCGCGUCGUGCCGCGUCGCGUUGCUUCGACAACGCCACCGAGUCGUCCUACUUUUCCUAACCUCGCUCCUCUCUCUCGUUCGUCGCUCGUUUUCUCUCUUCACGCGCGCGACACCAGUCUUUCUCACCUACGAUUUCCAAGUAUCCUCCGGUGUCUCUGGAUUAUCGUGUCGUGUUUCGACGCCGUGUUUUCUCAACCUCUCUGCAUCUGUGUACGAGCGAUCGUAUCGGCUCUCUUUCUAACUCUCUCUCUCUCUCUCUUUCUCUCUCUUGUGUCGAGACGUCCGAGCCUCCGUGAUCACCGACCAACACAACAAGCGAAACGUCCGACUCGACUGUGACCGUGCCGUACGUAGCGGGCUUACGCGGAUCGACUCGUUCGCCCACUUUGCUCUCUGAACGCGAGCGCGCGCGCGCGUGCUCGAGCGCCCGACCACGCGAUCGCGCCGCGACGAAAAUAAUCGCUUCCUCGAUCGACCGUCGGCCACGACCUUGCGCCAUUCCGCGUCGCGCGACGCGUCACGUUCGGACUCGCGUUCGCCCCGCAACGCAACAACAAUCCUCCCAAGAAGUGAAGUAUCGAAUACUCGCCGGAGGAUGCCUGCGUCGUCGUACGUCUCCCGAAUCAAUCAGAUCGACGCGGUACAGCUGGACGAGGAGAUCUACAAGGUGCUGAGGAAUCAAGCGGGGGAGAUCGGCAAGUAUCUGCCGGCGGGUAAGAUCGAUCGAUGGCAGCCGGAGAUCGACGCGAUCCUCAAAUAUUUCAUAUGGAAUUACUCGCUGCGUCGUGGCGAGUCAACCUUUGGCCAACAGCUGCUUAACCUGAGCUACGCAAACAUCACGCGGGCAAAGUCCGUUCUCUACCUGAUCGCGACGAUCGCGCCGGCGUACGUGCGAGACAAACUCUUCCCCGGCGCGAGUCAACGUCUCGCGGUCUUGCUCGAUCGUGUCGCGCACCUCGCCAGGCUCCUCGAGUUCGUCAACUUGUUGAUCUUCCUUCAUCGGGGCACGCAGCCUCGCGUUGUCGAGUACGCGCUCGGGAUCGCGAGCUCCUCCACGACCACCCACAAACCGAGGAACAUCGGCUACUCGUACAUGACGAGGGAGCUGCUGUGGCACGGCCUGAUGGAACUGUUCACCACCGGCCUGCCCAUGGUUAACUUCCACUACCUGAAACACGCGGCGAGGAGGCUGUUCCGGCGGACGACGUCGCCGAAACUGCAGCGCACUUCCCCGGUCAUGAACUCGUCCACCAAGUGCGCCUACUGCGAGGACACGCCGAUUCUGCCGUCGCACGCCGGCUGUCGGCACGUCUUUUGCUAUUACUGCCUCAACGCUCACUUCACCGCGAUGGACGAGUUUCACUGUCCGGAGUGCGGCAUGCGACUCUCCUCCACCAGGAUGAAAACUUACAAAGCGGAUGCCUCGAGCGCGGCGUCUUGACCUUCUCCAACCUGUAUAUAUAUAUAUAUAUAUAUCCAGCAUGAUGUUCUACUACUGUACACGCUUGCUCGUUUUUUCUCUGGUUUUAUUAAAAAUAGCCAUACAAAAUUUCCUCGACUCUCGUGUUUUCAUCUCGUACAACUCGGUUUCUCCAUCGAUACGCGGUACAAUAGCUUGUAUACUCGAAUAUUAUCGUAUAAAAAUAACGCACCAUCUUGUUCUUCGUUUCUUACACGCACGCGUUACAUGCACAUGUUGUCAUUGAUUCCGUUGGUAUAACUCAUUCGAAAUAACUCGAAUUCCUUUCGUCCACUCGAUUUCGUUCUCCUCGAUUCAGUUGCAAGCUCUAAUCUUCGGAAUGUUCGCUCUUUCUUUACGAUUGCGCGAGCACGGCGAUCCGAUUCGAUUGGCAAAAUAUAUUGGAGGGCUACUCGGUUGCAAUCCAAAGUAUACUACGAUCAAAAAUGUAUCGUUUCGUUAUUCCCCCUGCACCUGAUCACCCGAGAUAUAUUUCUAUAAUUGUAGUAUAUCAACGAAAUUACCCCAAGGUAUCCCUCCCUGAAUGCUAAAUUCCUUAAUCGUUGCAAAGGUUGCAAGGUACAAGGUUGCAAUUUCACCGGUGGUCGAAAGAAACGCGAGAUCGUGUCGGUAAAUCAUCGGCGAAAUUAAAACACACCCAGCGUCUCGAAACACGAUAUAUUACAAUUCACUCAUUCCCUGAACCGUCUUUCACUGCUGAGAAACGUUUGACAAUGCACGAUCAAACGUUUGCGCUUAAUUAAUAUUCCGUUUCUCUUAAUGAAAGUUUAAUCGAAAUAUACACAUCGCGAAGAUAUCGGCAGUACGUCGCAUCGCGCGUGAAAGCAUGCUCCAAAAAGGCAUGCCCGGUCAAUCGAACGAUUAGCACGCUGGUUAGUCACUUUAUCUAUGUCUCUCGGUCUUUCUCUUCUCCUUCGCGAAUCUUUCUCGUCUGCGUUUCGCUACGUUUCACCCGCUGUCCUUUUGGUUUCCGCGCGAAUGGAACAGGAGACGGAAGAAGAAUCGUUCAGCUUCCAGAGGAGAGAAAGAGAAAGAGAAAAUUUGCCGCGCGCAACGUCAACGAGAAAGAAGACAGGAAAUAGGACGAGCGUUUUCAACUCGGAUCGUGCCGUAACGUAAUAUGCGUUGUCCUUACCUACUAGCUACUCUUCUCUUCUUCUUCUCUUUUUCCACUUGCUUAAACUCUAAAGUAAUUCUAAAUUCCGCUCGAUCAGCCAAAUACACAUAAUUUACAUAUAUACAUACGCGUUUUAGAUAGGAACAUCGAAGAACAGCGUGACAUAUUUACCUUAAAAAAAAAAAUAAUAAUAAUAAUAAUAAUGAUAAUAAUGAAGAAAGUAAUCGAGCAAGUCCACUGAUCGAUCGUGUAAAUAUUUCCGGCAGGCGCGAGAAUAGGAAAAACUAGAGACACGAUUGAAGGAAUCCUCACGGUCAUCGAUCAAGCUUUAUCGAUCGAUGUCGCUUUCGUCAAAGUCGCUGCCGCGGAAACAAAAUCAUAAUAAUAAUUUUCAUUAUCUGGUCGGUGUGCAACGAAGAAAAACCCAAAUUUCCAAUCGAAUGGGAGUAAUUCCGUUUAUCAAAAAAAAAAAAAAUAUAUAUAUAUAUGUAUAAUAUAUGUAUACGAUUUUAACGUU